AUGCCCUCUACUCCUGAGCUGAUACCCGCCACUAUUUUGACCGGCUUCUUAGGCACGGGCAAAACCACCUUACUCAAACGCGUGUUGAGCGAAAAGCACGGCUUGAAAAUCGCCGUCAUUGAAAACGAAUUUGGCCCAGAGAACAUCGAUAACGAGAUUUUGGUGGCCGAUACUCAGGAGCAGAUUAUCCAGAUGAGCAAUGGCUGCGUUUGCUGCACCAUACGCGAAGACCUGCGCAGCACCCUGGCCGAUUUGGCCCGCCAGCGCCGCGCGGGGGCUUUGCAGUUUGACCAUGUGGUUAUUGAAACCACGGGCUUGGCCGAUCCGGGCCCCGUUGCACAAACUUUUUUUAUGGACGAUGAGGUUGCCGAGCACUAUAUGCUGGACUCCAUCAUCACCCUGGUCGAUGCCUACCACGGCCAGGCGCAGCUCGAUGAGCGGCAAGAGGUGCGCAAGCAAGUGGGUUUUGCCGAUCGCCUAUUUAUCAGCAAGGCCGAUUUGGUCGAUGCCCCCGCCCUGCGUGCGCUGCAAGAGCGCCUGCACGCCAUCAACCCCCGCGCCAGCCAGGAAGUGGUGGCUUUUGGUUCCGCGCCCAUCGCACAAGUGUUUGAUGUAAAAGGUUUUAAUUUAAACGCC